UUUGGAAAUCGCAGACUCUUGGCAUCUGAUUCAAAGUUUGGGUCAAAUAAGCUGAAGUAUCCAAUUCACAGUCUUGUUGUGUUCAACUCAGACAACAAGGCUAUCCCUGUAGCUUGGAUAAUAUCUCCUAGAUUUGCAAGAGGAGAAAUGCAUAGAUGGAUGAGGGCACUUCACAAUAGAGUUCGUGCAAAAGAUCCUACAUGGAAGUUGGCUGGGUUUAUUGUGGAUGACCCUUUGGCUGAUGUCCUAGCAAUCAGGGAAGUCUUUGAAUGCUCUGUAUUGAUAUGCUUUUGGCGGGUUCGUCAUGCAUGGCAUAAAAACUUGUUAAAGAGAUGCUCAGAAAUGGAGGUGUGUGCUGAAAUAGCGAAGAGGCUUGGUCUAUCAGUAAACAAAAUUUGCAAAGGAUCUGGCACUGCCAAUUUGUUUAAAGAUAUUAUGGAAGAUUUUGCAGAUGCAGCUGAUUUCAUGGACUACUACAAGGCAAAUUGGUAUCCAAGACUAGGUAUGUGGGAAAGUGCACUUAAAACUCUUCCUCUUGCCAGCCUAGAAACCUGUGCAGCAAUGGAGUUUUAUCACAACCAAAUGAAGCUUAGGUUGUUGAAUGAGAAGGACCAAAGCGAAUACCAACGUUCUGAUUGGCUGGUUAAUAAGCUGGGUACCAAAGUGCACUCGUACUUCUGGCUUGAUGAGUACUCAGGCAAGGAUGAUUUUGCACGAUAUUGGAAGGAUGAAUGGAUGAGUGGCUUAACAGCGUGGCGUAAAUCAUUGAAGAUCCCAGAUCCUAAUGUUAUCAUGGAAGGUAAAUGUGCCAAGGUUAUUGACCAGGAAGAUCAAGAUACAACUCAUAUAGUAUGGAAUCCUGGUUCAGAAUAUGCAUUUUGUGAUUGUAGUUGGGCAAAAAUGGGGAACUUGUGUGAGCACAUUUUCAAAACCAUUAAAUUUUGCCGUGAUAAAGGGACUAUUACACCGUCUAUCAGCAUGUUUCAGUAUAACCAAGCUUUGAUUAAUAUGCUACGCUGCUCACCUUUUGAUUCUUUGAUUCGUGAUCAUUCUGUUUCUCUAGCAGUUUGGGUACAGAUGCAGUUGAAUGCACAAAUUGGUCCUGAAAGCUACCAGUUCAAAGUAAAUCCUAUCGAGCAGCAGAUCUCUAAGCCAAUCAUGGACAGCCAAGAUAGAGAACUAGUACACAAGGACCUCUAUCUUAAUGGGACUGUAUCAGCUCACAAUGAGAAUGGCUCUGCACUGAAGCGCAAGCGUUCACUCUCUAACGAUAUGGGCAGUGAUCUGUUGCAUCAUGUGACCAGAGAAAAUGUCGAUGCUGGGGUGGAAGUUCAUUCAUCGUCCAAUUGUACUUCAGUGCCUCAAUUAAUUAUUGAUCGGGAUGAAUCAACUGCUCUCGUCAGUCAGAAUGGAUACAUUCUUGGGGUUGCUGGCUUAGAAGUAGAGAACCUUCCUUCUACGGGUGCUGAUGCAUUCAGCAAUCCAGAUGGUUCUGAAGAUGAUACCUUGGACAAAAAUAAUUUUGCUAGUGUGAUGGAGUUGGAGCCACUGUCUAUUGAUGACUCUUUAUCAACAAACAAGUUCCUAGAUCGAUGUGCCAAUAUCCGUCAGCUUGAUGAAUCAAAAGGUGGCACAGUUCUGCCUGUCAAUUCUGAUACAUUGAAUGCUGAACCCAAAAUGACCAAUACUUCUCCUUCAGCAUUAAGUCCAGUUCAUUCAUCACUUGCUGAUAUAACUGAAGCAUCGGGUGACAGUAAAGAAAAUGGAGCUAUAGACUUGCGAAAUGUAAAUGCGGGCACGUCCAAUGGACUAGCUUCAUCAAGUUGCAUACUGAAUGCUGAUUUUGAAAUUGACAGUACUCCAUCUGUAUCGAAGUCUGUUGCUCCAGUGCAGAUGGAUUUUGCUGAAGGCUUGAAUGUUGUUGAAGGGGCUAAAAAAGUGGAUCCAAGUAAUGAAGACACUAACACGACUGUUGAUGUUGCUUCGUUGGAUAACGCAAAAACUGUAGGCGUUGAGCAUAAUACUUCUGGAGAUAUCGUUGUUCGUCACAAGGCCUUGGGUUGAAUAAGAUGCUAGAGAGCCAUUCCCUGAUGCAUGUACAGCAGCAGUUGGAGAUUGAUGAAUUCAAUUAAAUUCUAGCAACCACAACCCCUCAAGGUUUGCAACAUGCGAAUGGAUCUUCAGUUCAGAUGUAUUCAAGCGAUGAAACUUGCAUUGUCAGUGGUCAAAAUAAAGACUUUUAUAAACAGUGAUAAUCAUGAUCAGUAGAUCAGAAAGCAUAGAAUUGCCAGGGCAAAGAGGGGUAAUUGUGUCAGAUCAGUUUGCUAAUUACUCUUUGCUAGAGGGAGUAGGCCUGCUGCCGGCUUAUGCUGCAACUUGAUAAUAGUCGUUGAUGCAUCGUGCCUGCCUUCUCACUCUCGCCUGUACAUGUCAGUAUGUCAUUUGUUCAAUUGCAUGUAUCCAUUAGGUUAAAGAAUUUCUAUAUUUAUCUGCGUGAGCAUGCUUCAGUUUCAAAAUUUUGCCCUUGACAAAACAAAUAGUUUUUUCUUUAUGCUAGUAAACAAUUUACAUUGAGAACUUAUUUUUCUGAUCUUCUGAAUAAGUAAAUUAUUUGUUCUGACA